GACGUGCAUGAAGUUAUGAACGGAAAAUAGAGAAAAACACUGGGGGCGUGGUGGAGGCUGCGCUGCCCUGCGCUGGUCACAUUUCUCCAAUUUGUAUUGUUUCAGUGGUUUAUAGGGGAUGCGCUGUGCUUCAGUUCAAACUCCAAGACGCCACAAUGCUUCAUAUCCGACAAGCUCAAACCCAAAAUCCCCAGGGAUUUCUUCUGGGUAUCUCAAUUGAUUCUUGCCACUUGCACGGCUCUCCUCCAGUCCUCCAUAAGAAUUGGGUCUCUGAUGAUCUAUGGAAAGCUUAUACAUGCUCAGUAAUGCAGAUGCGAGGAAAAUGUAUUUGGCCCGCCUAUUGUUCGAUAGAAUGCCCCAAACAAGAUAUUAAUUCAUGAAACUCCCUUAUUUCUUGUUUCCCAUAUGGGUUUCUAUCACAAAGCCGUGGAUGUGUUCAAUGAAGCUAGGAUGGCUCGUAUGGAACUGGAUAAGUUCACAUAUACCAGUGGUUCGAGUGUAAGUGCUUGAGAUAGGAUCUCAUACUGGGAAAGCUCAUCCACAAACGAGGCGCCAACUGCCAAAACUGCCAAAGGUCAAAUGAGGACAGACGAGGGGAAUUAUGGGAAAAUGCCCAAAUUGUCGUCUCCUCGCGGAGGCGCCAAUUUUCCUCCUCAGAUCGAUGUACUUCAGAGUGUGUUAUUCAUUCUUACUAUUGGGGUAUGAACAAUCAUGAGUGGAGCUGGGUCUGCAAAAUGAGAUGAGAGAUAUUUUCAAAAUUUCCGAUGAUAUGAAUAGUCUGAAGUUAAUGAUAUUUCCAGAGUGUUGAGGUGAUCCAUUGCAAUCCGACUGUCAUAUUUUUGUUGCUCAGAAUACUGAAUUUGGUCAGAGUGACUAUUUUGUUGAUUGAAAUGGAGAGAUUUUCUUAUAGAGAUCAUAUUCUGUCUGGAUUGGGGCACAGUAGUCCACGGACAUCAUUCGGUGACCCUGGUUCUUUAUCAAAGAACCCAUCCAGAAACUCUGAUUUGGAUUUCAGUGACGUAUUUGGUGGCCCCCCAAGGCAUUCUUCAGUCCAUGGAAUGCGGCACAGCCUUGGUAAUACUCAAGAUUCCUACGAAAAUGGAGUGGAAAGUGAGGAAGAAGAAAAAGUACUUGUCUCUAGGAGUUCGUGGUCUGUUCUGAGAGAGAAGCCAGUUUUUGGUGAGGAAGGUCUUGUCCGGAGGAGAUACCCAAGUGCUAAUUUCUUGGACGAUAUUUUUAGAGGUGACCAGUCUUCAAGCUCAACUCCUAGGAAGCCUGAUCGGGAUCCUUUCUCUUCAACACAAGCUUCUAGGAUCCUAAGCCCUGUCUGCCCGGCAUCUAAACCUGAUCAACAUUUUGGCCCCUCAUCACUCCCUAGACAGCUCAGCCUUCCUUCAAAAUUGGCAAAAGGGAUGGAAUUUCCGGUUUCCAGUACUUCUACUAGUCGUAGUUCUUAUAGAAGCAAGGAUGGUGCUCAAAAUUCUGGUUUUCCAUCUUCCCCAUGUGCUUUCACAGCUAGAGUUUCAAACCAAGUGAUCCUGCAGGGACAAGAGGAUUUGAAAAUUGAUGCUCGGCCCUGUUAUCGCCAGAGUCCUUUAUCACAUGAGUUUCCUCUUAGCAGUGGGGAGUCAUCCAAAGCCAUCAGAUGUGGUAAUGAGGAAAAAAGGGAACACCGGGAGAAAGGUUCAAUUCGUUCAGAAAUGCAUGAGCAACAAUGUCACUUUUCUAUAUACAAAUGGGCAAGCAAAGGAGUAUUAGCGAUGCCCUUUAGGGGAGGAAAUAGUUCAAGCUCAAAAGAGAGGGGUAGUGGUUUGAGUAGGUCAAGAUUAAAAGAAAGGGGCAAAAUUAAGAUUGUAGCAAGUGAAUUAUCUAAUGAUAUUCCCUCUCUAAAUGAUAAUACAUCAUCCGUGGACAGCUCGUUUCACAUUAAAUGUGAAAAUCAAGGCAGUACUCUGGUUCUUAAUUCAGUUGCUGCAGAUAGAAUGGAUUCAUUUGGGUUUAAUGAGAAAUCUGGAUCUCCCAAACCUGAUAUAGAACCGCCUCAAAGGCUUGGGAAUAUUACCACAGUGGUCCCUCAUAGCCUCACUAUUCAGAAAGAAGUAGAAGCUUUUUCAGGUGUCUCUAGUUCUUCACCUGGCAAAGGUUUACGUGGAGGCAUAAAGAAAGAGGCUAAUGUUUCCAAGAAAGAAAAAGGCAAAGCUGAAUUAAAAUCUUUACGUUCAUUGUUGUAUGAAAAUUCUGAUGGACAAGGGAAGGAUGGGAUGGUAAGACGGGCUGAAGGGAAAGAAGACAAAAGUGGCAGAGUUGAAACCAUUGGUAAAUCAUCUGGAAAUAUUGCUGGUGGUAUGAGGUUGGAGAUACAAGAUAAAAGAAAAAUCUCGGAUCUUGCAUCUAACAGUGGCUUGCAAGGUUCAGGGGAGAAUGCAAGAGACAAUUUUGUAGGGAAUAAAUUAAAGGGAAAGAUAAAAGAAUUUGUCAAAAUUUUCAAUCAAGAAGCUCCUCCAAACAACGUAACUAAUGUUGGCACUCAAGAUUAUAGAUGGAAAAAGAAGGGCACAAGUGGAGCAGAUGAUGCAGCACGUGUUUCUGCAACCAAGGCAGAUGGGAAAAAGAAUGUGAACAAUUUGAACAUGGACAAAACAAUGACAAAUGGGCAGACAGUGGUAGAUCAAACUCUGGAACAACCAGAGAAGUCACAUUUUAUCUUGAACAACCGCACCCAUAAAGCUUACAAUACUUCCUCUGGAUUGACCGGUAUCUCAGUGUCAUCCUAUGAAACUAUUCCGGCAAGUUUUAAGGCACCACUUGUGAAUGUAGAGGAAUAUCAUCAUGAAGAUCUUCUAGGCAGCUACCUGGUGAAAGAAUCAUCUGCUAACCAGAACAGACAACAACAAACUGCUGAAUAUUGUGAAGAAAUCCAGAUUUCAGAAGCCAGAAUACGGCAGUGGUCAAAUGGAAAGGAAACAAAUAUCCGUGCACUGCUUUCAACUUUGCAAUAUGUUCGAAACUUGGAAACACCCUCUCCUACAAAGCAGGGGGUACGUCUGCAUACAUUUGCCCCUCCCAGAUCCUGCAGUAGUGGGAGCCUCUGCAUCGGGACGCUCUAUGUUUUUUUUCUCACAAAAUGACAUCCACGAGACUUCCCAUAGGCCACAGCAGAAGUAUAAAGCCUUAUCUUCCUUGCUGCAAUGUCCUCAAAGGCCUACAGGCAUUGAGACUUUGAUAAAUGAUGCCAUUCCUGAAAGGAACAUUUCUUUUCUUAGAAUCUUGCAUAUUGUACUUGUCCAAUAGUUGUCAAAUAUAGUUAGAUUGUGAGAGCCCCAACAUCCCACUCUUACGAUUUCUCAUAAGUUAUACCUAGGAUAUAGAUGGCUUCUCCUAAACCCUUAAUUGAAAAUUUUGUGGACAGCCACUUUCACAGAAGAGAGCACACCCUCAUCAUUUCCAGUCAACAAUGUAUCUACACAAAGGACUAGGAAAUACACUACACUCCCACUGAAUGCAUGGUUAAUCUAUGUUUUAUUCAAAGCUAAAUGUUUUGACUGUUUGAUCAAAAUUGAUGUUCCAACUCUUUGAAGUUUUUUUGAGACCAUAUAUAGAUCUUAACAGCUUGCGCACUUUGGUUUCUGCUCCCUGAGAGGUAAAUCCUUCUGGUUGCUGCAGAUAAAUAUUUUUUUCUUCAAGAUAUCCAUUCAGGAAGUUAGUUUCCACUUCCACCUAUCAGAUUUCAUAUCAAAUGUGUAACAAUGGAUAAUAAUGGAUUUUAUCAUCGCUACUGAUGAGAAGUUCUUAAAAUUAUCUACCCUUUCCCGAUGGAUGUAGCCUUUUACAACCAAUCUUGAUGAGAACAUUUCUCUUCUUUAAUAUGUAGGUUCUUUGGCCUGAGAGUGGAUGGAAGCCUGUUCCCCUUGUAGAUAUAAUUGAAGGAAAUUCUGUGAAGAAAGCCUAUCAAAAAGCAUUACUGUGCCUGCACCCAGACAAGCUACAACAGAAAGGUGUUGCACCCCAGCAAAA